CGAUGGUGUCAGUGCGAAUGUGUGCUGUGGGCGGUGUCUGGGCGGCGUGGGCGGUGUGGGUGGUGUUAACAUGGUGCCCAACAGAGGGCUACAACCUCUCCCCCGACCACUACAGGACGAUGACUGGACCCGAAGACACACAUUUCGGCUUCAGUGUUGCUCUUUGGUCAGAUGCAGCUGCCUAUAAGAGGGCGGUGGUGGGAGCCCCACGGGGCAGGAACUCCACCUACGGGCAGGGAGACGUGCCCCUGGGAAACAUUUUCUUCUGUGAGGUCGUCGGGGAGGUCGUCUGCCUCGCUGACACAAGACUACCCACCGUCUCCGGAGAUGAUAAGAGUGAAGCUGCCCUUGCAGCUGAUAAAACAACUGGCUUCGGUGUAAAAACGUAUGGCAUGGGAUUUGGACAUUCGCUGGCCACUCUUAAGCAAAACGUAUCCAGUCUUGCUGCAUGUGCUCCACGGUACCCGCGAGUGGAGCCCAAGAGUAUACAAACCCGAGGAGCUUGUUUUGUACUGACCCAGCCUGGCCAGCAACCACACCUGCUCCUGCCUUACAAUGGUAGAGUACCCAAGGUUGAUUCCGUUCAGGACGCGAUGCUUGGCUUCAGUGCUGCACUCAGUGACCUGGGCAACAGUCUAAUAAUGGGAGGACCAAAUGCUUUCACAGGGGAAGGAAUGCUGGUGAACAAGCCACUGGAUGGAUCAGUUCAUAGCCUCAACCGUGACAAGAAAACGCCUGACACACCCACCCUGACACUCAGUCACACGUACGAGGGAUGGUCCGUGGUGCUGGGCAAGUUUGACAGUGGCUCCACCUACUUCAUCGCCACCUCUUCUGUCAAUUACGGCAACUACACCGGCAAGAUCAGCUUCUAUCCUAAGAAAAUGUUAUCAGCAGUGACGCCCCUUUACAUCUUGUACGGGCAGGAGAUGGGUGCCCAGUUCGGCUACUGUCUAGGGUCAGCAGAUGUGGACGGUGAUGGUGUUGAUGACCUCCUGGUGGGGGCGCCUCUAGCCAGGGCAGGAGACAAACUCCUCCCAGACGCUGGCAAGAUCUUCCUCUAUUACUCUCCCUUGGAUGCAGACAAGCUCCCUCCAUCACAGGUGUCUGGGACUGAUGCUUGGGGACGCUUCGGUGCGGCAGUCACCUCUCUCGGCGAUGUUGACCGUGAUGGAUAUGAUGACGUAGCUGUUGCUGCUCCCUAUGCAGGAAGGAACAGAGGCGGCGUUGUUUACAUCUUCAACGGAGGUGCGGGCGGCCUCCGUACACCUCACUCGCAGAUGAUAGAGGCUUCCGCUUUCUCGGAGGGGCUGCGUGGCUUUGGCUUCAGCUUAGAUGGUGGCCUCGACAUGGACGACAACGGUUACUCAGACCUGGUAAUCGGAGCUGCGGAAUCGAACACAGCUUUGUUUAUUAGGUAAUGUAGAGGAAGAACU